CCGUCGCCGGAGAAGAACCCACCAUCCCCACCUCUCCUUGCCCGCUCGCUUUCUCUCUCCACCGCGCGCCUCUGCUCUCCAGCGUCACCGGCGACCGAUGGAGCAGUUCGAGGACGGCCACCACGUGCGGCUGCGGAGCCGCGAGCGCGGCACGUACCUGCACGCCGACGAUGACGGGCUUGGCGUCUCCCUCAGCCGGCGCCGCGCGUCGAUGAACUCGGCUUGGGCGGUGCACAUCUACCAGGGAGAUGGCAACAACCAGUACGUGCUCCUCCACAGCGCCGCCUACGGCCGCUACCUCGGCACCACGGGCGCGCCGGCGCUGCGAGGCCACAGCGGGCGCCGCGUCGAGCUGUGCGACUACGAGCCGUGGGAGGAGGUGGUCAUCAGGUGGCAGGCCGUCAGGACCGACUCGGGGGACGAUAUCCUGCUCCGCCAAGUCGCCGGCCGCCUCCGCGCCAACGGGAAGUACCUCAGCGUCGACGACUUCAACAGCGCCGCCCGAUGAUGCACUGGGUCGUGGAGCGCAUCCCCGCCAGGGAGGACACGCCUCGCCUUGCAGCUCCGACUGGGCUCCGCUUCCCCAGAAGCCUCGCCUUCCUGUUGCCGUGGCGGGUGAUCCAGUACGAGCAGGCCGGCGCCGGCGAUCCCAACGCCAACUUCGCCUGGGCCUCACUCGUAUUCAGGGGCAGGUCCGUGUUCCACCUGAGGAAGAAGCUGGCCCGCCGGCUGGAUGCCGCCAUGGACGCCUCCAACCUCGUCAUGUGCGUCCGAGCGGGUACGCACGGACGGCCUACCCCACUGCUCGUCGAUCUGCCCCACAGCGACGAGACCCUCGACAUCAUCCUCGUCAUGGCCGGGA